AUCACCUUUGCCAUGCCCAAACCCGCCAUUUACGAUAGUCCUUUCGCCUUAGCUCCCUCCAUGUUUUCUUCUGGUGCUUACUCCGGGCACACUUCGCAUCGUCUCGUAGGCCUUGUUACAAAAUCCGUGAUUGGGCCCAUGGUGAAAAUUGGUGAUGAAGUAGCUGCUAACGCCAUUCACAAACCGGAGUUGCCUAUUAAAUGGACGGCCGAGAAGGUCUGGCUUCUUGGAGUGGAUGGUUCUGGCUCGUCUGAUGAUAGAGAGCACAAAGUGAUUCGUCCUCAAAGGCCGGAUCCUCCUCGACCUCGAAGGGACUCCCCUCUAAGAUAUAACGACAGGAAAAGGACGCAUGAGCGAUCAAGCAGAUCUAAUAAAGAGGUAUACGUUUCUCCUACCUCCAGUAGAUCUAUACUCCCUCAAAUGUCAUUGGCAAACAUCUUAUCCAGUUCUGCGACCGUUAUUAGCAAACAAUCCAAACCUAGCAUUAAAGUACAGAGGGCUGUCCAUCCUGAUCGUCAAUUUUUCGUUAAAGUUCUUCUACUCUCUAUGCCUUCAAUGCUAGAUCUCUAUGAACGUGUUAUUGUACGUGCUGAAGCUGGCGGUCGGCCAAAGGGCUCCUUACGAAAAUCAAUAAAGCUGUUGGCCUCUGGGAGAGUCAAUGAGUGCUUUAAGGCGGUCGGUGGUCCUUGGAUCCAAGAACUAGAUGGUGAUGAUCCAAUGGGCACUCAAACAGUCAUCAACACAGCAAUUCGAUGUUGUAAAGAGCUGAUUGGUCUUGAUCUAUCGGCUUGCACACAGUGGAGCAGAUUCCUCGAGUUUCGAUAUAACCUCUCUGAGUCUCAACCUGCUUCUUCUGUGGACAUUUUGUUUCCAGGAUCGGAUCUUUGGGGUUCAACAUUCAAAUCAAGCUCUAGAAUCGCGGGUUCAAUAAGCGAUAAAAAAGACACGGACCCACGUUCUAUUCGAAAACCCUAUCAUCGAAUCGUCACUUAUUUGAUUCCCGAUGUUUGGUCGCUGAUGCCUUCGCCAGAAGCUUGGGAGAAAAUCAAAGAAUCCUAUACAAAUCCUGCUUCAGUUGCAAAAGAAAGUUUUAUAAAAGAUUCAAGUGAAUCGGAUUUAAGUAACGUGACCCAUUCAAACGAAUCGCAACCUGAAGAUAAUUCAAAGCUCAAGGUCUCCGAAGAGCAGAUUCAAGAAAUUAAUGAGAAAAUGGAUGAAGUAAAAAAAGAAUCAACCCAAUUUGAAACUGCAACGGAGCCAGAUGAAGAAACCUUAAAUGACAUAGAGAAGGUUACUAUCGAACUCAAAGAUUCUGAGAAAGAAAGCUUUGACGAUCUCGUGGAGAGUAGUGCGGCCUCAGCAACUAACACUUCAGCCGGCGGGGCAACUCAAGUUGGCGAAGCAGAAAACCAGGUUUCCGAACUGCGAGAGCAACUGGCUUCACGAAAUCUAAAUGCAGCUGGUGUCAAGGCACAACUAUGUCAGCGUUUGAAGCAGGCCCUCGAAGCGGAGGAGACAGAAGCGUUGGAGAAUGCUAGAAAAGCGAGCGAGGAAGGUCCGUUUACUUACUUUUUUAAUUCUUAUUCAUUGACUUAUCUGCUCUAA